AGUGCACAGACCUUCUCUGGCUGUUUCUCUUCUUUAUUUUCUGGGCUGGCCUGAUGUUUAUAGCUGGCUAUGCUGUGGUGGCUGGUGCUGCAGAAAGACUCAUGCUUGGAUACGACAGCUUUGGGAACAUAUGUGGUAGGAAGAACUCUCCUGUAAUAGGAGCACCCCUUUCUGGACAGGACAUGACUAAUAAAAAGUAUGUAUUUUUUCUUAAUUCAUGCAACCUGGAAAUGCAGAACCUUGAAAUCAGUUCGGUUUCCUUGUGUGUGUCUAGUUGUCCACAAGAGCAACUCAACUCUUUGGAAGACCUCCAGGGUUUUGCCAGGAUCAAUGGUUCUUCUCUCUGUGUUUAUAACCUGAAUGUUUCCAGUUACACACUAAAUCCAAAGGCAUCUGAGCUGUGUCCCACACUGCCAGUUCCACCAAGUAAAUCUUUUCCAUUAUUUAAUCGAUGUGUUCCACAAAAUCCUGAAUGCUAUUCCAAGUAUGCCUCUGCCUUAAUAAAUGUGGUUAAUGAAAUGGAUGCUCUUCAUCGUAUUCUGGCUGGAAUAUUGGCAGGAAGAGACACUGUAAUAGGAUUGAGUGUUCUUUCACUAGCCUUUUCUUUUAUAGUCGUUUUAACCUUCACAUUCAUUCGUGCACUUCUGAUCCACACUUUGAUUGCUCUGGUUGUGUUCGGGUUGCUGUUUGUCUCAGGUGUUCUUUGGUGGCUCUACUAUGACUACAGGAAUGACCCCAGCACUGAAUUGGAAACUGAAAAAGAAAAUAUAAAAUUUCUGCUUGGAUAUGCUAUCUUCUCUACAAUAGUUACAGUUGUUCUGCUUUUUCUCAUACUUGUUCUAAGAAAGAGACUUCAGUUCACAGUACAGCUGUUCCAGAUGGUUAACAAAAUGAUCAGCAGAAUUCCUUUCCUCUUAUUCCAACCACUUUGGAGCUUUCUCAUUCUCAUGGUCUUCUGGGUAUUUUGGGUUGCUGUGCUACUUAGCUUGGGAACUGCAGGCAGUGCACAGAUUACUUCAGGAGGACACGUAGAAUACAGAACUGUAUCUGGAAUUCACUACAUGGCAUGGUACCAUUUUGUUGCCCUUAUCUGGACUAGUGAAUUCAUUCUUGCUUGUCAGCAAAUGACGAUUGCUGGAGCAGUGGUUACCUGUUACUUCAACAGAAAUAAAAAUAGCCCACCACGUCACCCAGUCCUGUCUUCCAUAUCAGUUCUUUUUUGCUAUCAUCUAGGAACUGUUGUAAAAGGGUCGUUUUUAAUCACAGUACUGAGAAUACCAAGGAUUUUUCUCUUGUACCUUUGUAAUUUCUUAAAACAAAAGGAAAGUGCAUGUGCAAAGUGCCUGUUCAAGAGCUGUUGCAGCUGGUUUUGGUGCCUAGAAAGGUGUUUAAGAUACUUUAACCAGCAUGCGUACACAACGGCAGCCAUAAAUGGGACAGAUUUUUGUACAUCAGCUAAGGAUGCUGUCUUUAUUUUGGCAAAAAAUUCUGCUAAAAUUGCUCCCAUUAUCUGUUUUGGAAAUUUUAUCAUCUUUCUAGGAAAGGUGUUUGUUGUGUGUUUUACUGUUUUUGGAGGAUUGAUGGCAUUUAACUACCAUCGUGAGCUGCAAGCUUGGGUAGUUCCUCUGUUGCUGGUUGCAUUUUUUGCCUACGUGGUAUCCCAGAGCUUUCUGUCUGUGUUUGAAGUGACAGUGGAUGCCCUGUUCCUUUGCUGUGCUAUUGAUAUGGAAACAAACGAUGGAUCUGCAGAGAAGCCCUACUUCAUGGAUCAGGAAUUGCUGAGCUUUGUGAAUCAGAGUAACAAGUUAACAGAAGAGCCAAAACCCAGAAGCAUGAAACCCCUCCAGGACAAUGAAGAUGGGACAGAGCUCCAGCCUAUGACUUGAAUGGGAAGUGUACCAGGAAGUGUGAG